AUGGACAUCAACACGUACGCCAGCAGUGAGCUCUACAUGAAGAAAGCCACCAACAAACAGUGCAAGAGAUUCCUCAGACUUCCGAGCGGACGUCAGCAGGAGGAGAAAGCCAGCAAUAUUAAGACCGUCAUCAACCUGACAGAGAGAGCACUGGAUGAGCCAGCUAUAUCUGUGCAGUCGAAAGCCCUGAACUUUGCUCCGAUUCCAAGAACGUUACCAAAACGUGACAGCAGCAAAUGUCGAGCAAGCCAUACGUGCACUCCCGCCAAGAGCAGCCUAGGAGACCAACCGCCGCCUUACUACAAGACCGCCGCCUUACUACAAGACCGCCGCCUUACUACAAGACCGCCGCCUUACUACAAGACCGCCGCCUUACUACAAGACCGCCGCCUUACUACAAGACCGCCGCCUUACUACAAGACCGCCGCCUUACUACAAGACCGCCGCCUUACUACAAGACCGCCGCCUUACUACAAGACCGCCGCCUUACUACAAGACCGCCGCCUUACUACAAGACCGCCGCCUUACUACAAGACCGCCGCCUUACUACAAGACCGCCGCCUUACUACAAGACCGCCGCCUUACUACAAGACCGCCGCCUUACUACAAGACCGCCGCCUUACUACAAGACCGCCGCCUUACUACAAGACCGCCGCCUUACUACAAGACCGCCGCCUUACUACAAGACCGCCGCCUUACUACAAGACCGCCGCCUUACUACAAGACCGCCGCCUUACUACAAGACCGCCGCCUUACUACAAGACCGCCGCCUUACUACAAGACCGCCGCCUUACUACAAGACCGCCGCCUUACUACAAGACCGCCGCCUUACUACAAGACCGCCGCCUUACUACAAGACCGCCGCCUUACUACAAGACCGCCGCCUUACUACAAGACCGCCGCCUUACUACAAGACCGCCGCCUUACUACAAGACCGCCGCCUUACUACAAGACCGCCGCCUUACUACAAGACCGCCGCCUUACUACAAGACCGCCGCCUUACUACAAGACCGCCGCCUUACUACAAGACCGCCGCCUUACUACAAGACCGCCGCCUUACUACAAGACCGCCGCCUUACUACAAGACCGCCGCCUUACUACAAGACCGCCGCCUUACUACAAGACCGCCGCCUUACUACAAGACCGCCGCCUUACUACAAGACCGCCGCCUUACUACAAGACCGCCGCCUUACUACAAGACCGCCGCCUUACUACAAGACCGCCGCCUUACUACAAGACCGCCGCCUUACUACAAGACCGCCGCCUUACUACAAGACCGCCGCCUUACUACAAGACCGCCGCCUUACUACAAGACCGCCGCCUUACUACAAGACCGCCGCCUUACUACAAGACCGCCGCCUUACUACAAGACCGCCGCCUUACUACAAGACCGCCGCCUUACUACAAGACCGCCGCCUUACUACAAGACCGCCGCCUUACUACAAGACCGCCGCCUUACUACAAGACCGCCGCCUUACUACAAGACCGCCGCCUUACUACAAGACCGCCGCCUUACUACAAGACCGCCGCCUUACUACAAGACCGCCGCCUUACUACAAGACCGCCGCCUUACUACAAGACCGCCGCCUUACUACAAGACCGCCGCCUUACUACAAGACCGCCGCCUUACUACAAGACCGCCGCCUUACUACAAGACCGCCGCCUUACUACAAGACCGCCGCCUUACUACAAGACCCACCAUACAAAGAAGUGGGGAAAGACUCGGCUGCUGCUGUUACGCCCAAGACCAUCGAUGUUCUCAACAGCUCAGGACUUGACAGAAACACCAUUAGGAAGCUUUACCCUCGGGCACCGGCUCCACCGCGACUGUAUGGCCUCCCGUAG